UUCUGUGUGAGCGAGUGAACGCGGGGCUCAGGCACGGCAUGAACGAGUAUUUCUCUGCUUUUCCUCUCUUUCUGCUGCCAGCUCUCGCGUUAUUCUGGAGGGGCCGACAGACUCGUGCUGCCAACAGCAAACGACUCAGUUGGAGAUUGCCUAUGGCUUGUGGAUAUCCCGCACUGAGACCCAUUAGAAGAUGUGAGCCGUCACGCUGUGGUGUGGCAGUGAGUGGGAGAUUUGUGGUACCUGUCAGCGAAUGGAAUAAUUACUUAUUGGUAACUAACCUGAGUAUUGAAGGAUUAUAAAGUGCAGCGGUUAUACAUUCAGAAUACGGUUAUAUCAUUUGGAAUUUUUUCUAUGUUGGCACAAGAGGUAACAAUGAUGUGGUGCGAUUCUCGGGCUAUCAAUUAAUAACAAAACAUAGUUUGGUUUAGAUCAUUUCAGAUAGAGCUGGAAAAAUCUACGAAUUUCGUCUUGUUGACUCCAACUCCAGCUUCGAGUGUAGCAGGAAGGCGUGAAAGAAGCAGGAUCUGAUUCUGAUUCAGGAAAAAUUUCAUCACUGUGACGAGCUAACACAACUAAUUAUGCUCUUUUCUUUACGUUCUAAAGGAUAACGUUCGAAGUGGAAAGUCUUAAUCUGAUUCAGACAGAUCCUAGCAAUGUUUGACAUAUCUGCCCAUGCCGUCUAUGAUUUGUGAAUGUGAAAUAUUUCAGUAUGGCGGAAAUAAGCAGAGAGACAAACAGCGGAAAUAUUACGAUUUUGUCAACGGUGUACAUAUUUUCCUUUCCAUCCACGACAUGCACGCUUUUGUCUUUAUUGUGGAAGUGCCAGGAUGAUUUCUAAAAGUUGAGGAUUAUAUAGAAGGCGUUUUGUGAUUUAUUUCAAUUUGACACCAGUGAGCUGACGCUAUCACUCCAAGCUUCAGUAUGAUUGGGAUGAUAGCGAGGCGGUCCAGCCUCAACUCAUUCGGCUCCAUUUGCUACUGUCUGAUCACCCUAGGCGUGCACGCCUACGCCAGCUACACAGCCAUCUCCCGCUACAAGGAGAGCCAGGCUCGGGCAUGGCCAGGGGCGAAGGGCAAGCCAGUGGAGUCGGGCUGCUUGCUGGGGCUGACCAUCUUGUCUCUGGUCCUCAUGCCUGUGUUCUGCGUCACCAGCUUCUUCCGGGUGGGCAACCUGGCUAACGAUGGGGUCAAGCUGGGUCGGGACCAUGCCUUAGGAGGUUCAUCUGCUGACCCGGACAAAGGGGAGAACGCCCCUGAGACCACUGCCACCAGACUCAAGCGUGUUUGGCGCCAUUUCUGUCCUUUGUCCCAGAGUCUGCACGUGAUCGCAGCGUUCCUGCUGAUGCUUCCGGAGACUUUACUGACGGCCGUGGAGGUCAAAUACGAGUACAAGUCUACCGAUACAUCAUGGCUAAGCCAGCUGGAUUUUCUGUUCCCGCCGGAAAGAGCAUUCAUGAGUGACGUGCGCAGUAUUGUGAAUAUCUCUGAGUUCUCCAACGCCACACACGUAUUCCUCCCCACGCCACGCGCGCACGUUGAUUGGAAGGGCGACCAGGUCACAGUGAGCAUCGCCUUCGCCAACUUCUGCUUCGCCCUGACGUGUUUUCUUGUGAGAUAUGCCUCCGUCUUCUGGUUCACCAACAAGGCACUCACACUGGUCUUUGCUCUACAGCUUUUGGCCAUGGUCAUCAACUCUAUUUUCAGUUUCAAUUGCUUCUCCAUUUUGUACUGCGUGUGUUACAACCGCAAGAAGUACCCAAACGUGACUCUGUCCAUUGCCUGCUCUGUGGAUCUCAUCUUGUAUCUUUUCGGCAGUUUGAUUCUCAUGGUGUCCACCACCUCUGUGUUUGAGUACGGGUCUCACUACUUCCAUGAAAAGUUCAAGAUUGUGGAGCGACAUCACAACCCGGAAAGCUACGUCAAGCAGACGGUGGUAGUAAACAACGGUUGCCAAGGCUACGUCGCUCACGUCUGCGCCAUGGCUGCUCUCAUCGUGUUUGCCGUAUGUAAGGGGCCACUACUCUAUGACCUGGUCUCUCUGAUGAGACUCACAGACGACCAACUUCUCCUGUCUGGAGUUGUCUGCGAGGUGUGCUACAUGGUGCUCUGGGUCGCCCUCUGGUUCGGCCUUACCAUCAAACAACAAUGGCAGUUCCGCAUUCUGGAUUACGUGCCCCUGAAACAGCCCCCGCGAGGAGGCGGGGGAGGAGGGGGAGGAGGUAGCGAAGACAGCGCCUCUGUCAGGAGUUCGCAGACGGGACAAGGCGAGACGCUUGAUGUUGCCCAUUUCAUUCGGAACAAGCGUCUGGCCCCAGGGCGGGAGAGUGUUCAGAGAUACUCGGACCCGCUGCCCAUAGGUGUGGGGGCUAACGAGGAGCAGAGUGCCUCUGACGUAGGCACCGACGAGUCCGACAUAGGCAACAACGUGGACGUGGUGCUGGACUUGGACGGUAACCCCUUACCCGAUCCCUCAGGUCACUUCCGGAGACCUCGGCACCGCCGGCUGGGCGGUCAGAGGGUGACUUUCGACGAGUCUGUCCGCAGUAAGGGCUCUGGUGAAAACGAAAGACAGACGAGCAGCCUGCCACGCCACGUGACUUACGGUCACAGGGGCGAGGACAACAACCACGUGAACGUGACCGCAGACGUGCACAGUAUUACACCGCCGCUAAACUUUCAGACGGAAGAUUCUAGUCAGGAGGUGGUGAAGAGGAGAAACUCCGGCGCUCCGGAGAAUACGAUGUCCAGGGAGUACAGGAACAGUAUAAGGAACAAGUGCGGGGAGUAUUACGCGAGUGCCAACAAUCUCACAGCAAGUCCCGACGACCCUGUUCCUCUCCCUAACCCUUCAGAACCUCUUCCAACUCUCAUGUCUUCCUUCCGUGACAAAGUGCGAGAGUCGUCCAUCGCCGCCAGCAACUUCAAGGAACGCGAGAAGAACAUGCUGGAGCACUACAACAACUACGCGGACCCCCCAUCCCCACCCCCUCCGAAUCCCAUGCAGGAGGCGGAACUGAACGACGCCGAGAAGCGGCGCUGUAUAGCGCUGUCCGACGAGGCUCUCGGACAAGUAGACUAUAACAACAGACUCCAGCACCCUGCUGUUCUGGAGGAUAAUUCUCUGCCUGGAGAUCCACACGGCGAGGUGAUCUAUGGGAGGGACGCUAGCCUCUUCCCUAGCGCCAGCCACAGACCUCCGGAUAUCGCUAACAACACCGCCCCCUCCUCCUCCUCAUCCUCCUCCUCCUCCUCGGCGUUUUCAAGAAAGAAACACAACGUCUCCCUGAGCAGCAGUGACGAGGGUCACAGGAGUAGCUUCGCCAACACAACAGUGGACUCCUCCGAGCUGAGCCUGCCGCCGUUGUUGGAAGACAUUCAACUGGGCCGGAUCCGCAGCAACAGCAGCAGCGGCGGCGGAGCAGGCCAACGCAAGGAGGAUUAUCAUCAUCAGCAUCAUCAUCAGAAUCAUCAUCCUCAUCAUGACAUGAACGGUUCGAUUGUCCACACAAGACAGAGCUGAGACAAGCCUUCUCUUGCACCUGACAGACCCCACCACACAAGCGAGGAUUUUUGUCAUGCGUUUAGCAAAUUUUUUAGUUUUUGCCUUGCUUUUAAUACAUAUCUGAUUUCUUUGCUAUGUUCAUGAAAUGCAAACAGAACAGCAGAGAUAGAGCAUUAAAACAGAAGAUAGGAUGUAUUAUUUUGGAUUAAACGAGCACAGAUAAAACAUCAAAAUAUUGAUGAUGAAAAACAUCAUUGUUCAAAUUGCAACAUACAUGAGCAUGUAGAGUUGGGUUUUUUUAUAUUCUCGCGUAACCACUCGCAGAACAAAAAAAUAAACAAUGUUUAAGUGUUUUAUGCUUGCUCUUCUACAUAGAACUUCUUGGAAAAUGUGUAAAAUCAAAUAAACGUACAUGUGCAAUAGACAACAGCAGCAAUGGUUCUUCUUUACAUACAAGCAAAUGAAAUGUUCUCAAAGUAUAUAUAAAAACAUUUCAUUGUAUGGAGGAGGAAGCAAAAUUUACCUCAUAUGGAUUCUGAAAUUACAGUACGCAAUUCUAGGAGACAGGGAUAGGAAAGUAUGGUGGGACUUUUCAACUUUUUUAUUACAACUUUUCCUUCAGCUAGAAAUCCUUUCUCUUUAGCAGGACCAACCAAGCUGCUUCGAUUACAACCUUAUACAUAAAAUUUCUUGACAACCACUAAAUUCAACAGGAAAACAAUUUAAGUUUGCUUGUUUCUUAUUUGACAUUCAUCUUCUUCCUGUCAAAAUAAAUUUAAUAACACAUUCAUCAUUCAGUGACCCUAAGCAGUAUGUAUGCCCCUCUAGAUCUAGAGAGUUAGAGAGUCAUGACCCUGGGUGCAGGAACCAGCAACAUUAAUUAGUCAACAAUUAGUUAAAGAACAGCAAAGUCAGAAGAAACAUUUCUUUUAAGCUUAUUUCAGAAGCAGGACCUCCAAAAUUAACAUCCAACUAGUCAAGAAGGCAGAGCACCUUCAUAACCCCUCAACAACCCAAGUCAUAGAUCGUCCCCGUUGGGGGAUUCGAAUCAGGGUCAUCAGCACUGUGGCCCAGUAAAAUAGCAACUAAACAAACAGUGCCCCUGUGCAGUUCAGUGAAUACUCAAAAUUCUGAUAACUCUGAGCUGCAAGAACUCGAUGAAAAGAGUGGGUGGAAUCACAACACGAUUCAAAUCAAAGGAAUUUGUAGCUUUAUACUUAUUUUCUUUUUUUUGGUCACUUCAUUUACAUUUGUAAGCAAAAUGAAAAACAGAGAGGAAGGUAUUUAUUGAAGCUGAUAUCACUUUUAGCUUUUCUUUUUGUCUCUGUGAUAACGCUGAAGUUGAGGGAGUAAACCAAACAGCAAAAAAGCAUGCUCGUCCAAACAAUUUCACACUAAAAACAUUCCAAGCAAGACCUAGAUGCAUUACAUAAAAAUAACUACAGCCUAGCAUGCACCUAGCAAAAUUGACCUGACACAAAAAUCUUUUCAUUAUGUACGAAUUUUGUUAUGUAUGCGUUCUAAAUACAAAGAAUCUGUAAAAGAAAAGUUUGGGACCUGAAAAUCUGUUUGCCAUGCGUGUUUUUUGCUAUGAAAACGUUCGCUAUGUGUGUGCUACACUGGAUAUAUGUUAACAUUUCUUAUUACAGACCCAAAGUGCAUGACAUCACCAUAACCAUUGGUGAAGCUUUUCAGGUAGGUUGACAUUUCCUUUGUACUGACAGUAGGUUGACUGCGACCACUGUCAUGGGUCUGUAGUACAGACAAAACUUUUACAGCAUUGAACAAUAUUUUGCAUCUACACUGAAGGGAAGAUGGCUCAAAACAGAGCAUCAAUCUUCAAACAGACAGUACCUUUAAGAAGUACUUAUAAAAACAAAUGAUUCUCAGCAGGAAACAAACUUUUAGUGUGAACUAGUGAGUGAUUUAUCAAUUCAAUUUAUCGAAAUUUUUACGAUAUAUUCGUUUAGCACGAUAACGUGAGAAUGGUAGUCUCCAAGUGAUAUUUUUAAAAUAACUAAUGUCCAAUAAAAAAGAAUUCAUGAUUUUU